AUGUUGAGUGGAGGUGAGAAGGGAACAAAGAAGGCGCCCAACAAGGCAGCACUGGGCACCAAGAUCCAGGCGCCAUGGUUGGGCACUAGCAAGGACGCUGCUAGUGAGGCGCUAGGUGCCGGGAGCCGACGAGGCACGCAAGGCGUGGGUAGGCAUGCUAGGCGAGGUGAUGCAGGCGAGCGACGUGGCGUAGGCGUACACGAACAAGGACGCCGUGAUAGGUGGUGUAUAACAGACGUUGGGCAUGAGCAAGCUGGGUGCCGUGGGUGCCAAGGCGGUAGGGUCUUAUUACUUAUUCAAUAG